AUGGACGCCCGGCCGAGAGACGUGGGCAUCAAGGCCCUUGAGCUGUACUUUCCCAGCCAAUGCGUGGAUCAAGCAGACCUUGAGAAGUUCGAUGGUGUCAGCCAGGGCAAAUACACCAUUGGCCUGGGCCAAACCAAGAUGAGCUUCUGCGACGACCGGGAAGACAUCUACUCCCUCGCCCUCACCACCGUUUCCUCCCUCUUGAAAAAGUACGAGAUUGACCCGAAAUCGAUUGGCCGCCUCGAGGUUGGCACUGAGACGCUCCUGGACAAGUCGAAGUCGGUCAAGACUGUGCUGAUGCAGCUUUUUGCUCCAUCCGGCAACACAAACAUCGAGGGUGUGGAUACUGUCAAUGCCUGCUACGGUGGGACCAACGCCCUGUUCAACACCAUCAACUGGAUGGAGUCGUCGGCAUGGGACGGCCGAAACGCCAUCGUGGUCAUGGGAGACAUUGCACUCUACAAGAAGGGCAACGCCAGACCGACUGGAGGUGCUGGCUGCGUGGCCAUGUUGGUCGGCCCAGAUGCGCCAUUGGCGUUCGAGCCUGGCCAGCGAGGAAGCUUCGUCAAGCACGCUUACGACUUCUACAAGGCCGACCUGACCAGCGAGUACCCUCUUGUUGACGGCCAGUACUCGAUCCAGUGCUACACGGAGGCAGUUGAUGAGUGCUACAAGGCGUACAACGCACGGGAAGAGCAGAUCAAGAGCAAGCUGAACGGACACGCAAAUGGAGUACACGCUGAGCAGGAGACCCCUCUCGACCGCUUCGACUACAUGUGCUUCCACGCACCAACCUGCAAACUCGUCUCCAAGAGCUACGCGCGACUGUUGUACAACGACUACCUGAAGAACCCAGAGAACCCAAUCUUCAAGGACGUGCCUGCUGAGGUCAAGGACAUUCCUUACCAGCAAUCCAUCACCGACAAGACGAUCGAGAAGACCUUCAUGGGCCUGGCCAAGAAGCGGUUCGCACAGCGUGUGCAGCCAUCGAUCGAAGUCCCAACCAUGUGCGGUAACAUGUACUGCGCAUCUGUCUACGGUUCGCUGGUCUCGCUCCUCAGCAACAUCUCGUCCGACGACCUGCAAGGCAAGCGCGUCACCAUCUUCUCCUACGGCUCUGGUCUUGCUGCGUCCAUGUUCUCGCUGAAGAUCAGGGGAAGCACCGAGGAGUUGAAGCAGAAGCUCGACCUGCACAACCGAUUGGAGUCUCGCCGCACUGUCGCUCCAGAAGUGUACGAUGAGAUGUGCAACCUCCGCGAGAAGGCGCACUUGAAGAAGGAGUACAAGCCCCAGGGCAGCACUGACACCAUUCGUCCAGGCACCUACUACCUCACCAACGUGGACGACAUGUUCCGGAGGUUCUACGAGGUCAAGGCAUAA